AUGGCGCUGUCUGUGGGAGCGAUGGAGAGACACUCUAGAGAAAACAUGCCCGAUGUGGAGCCACCUGUGGAAACCAGAGAACCAAUGAUCCAGAUGACAAGGGCCGAACUCCAACAAAUGAUUGAAGAAGCUAGCAGAAAUGCGAUCGUUGCCUACUUGAGGAGGACUACUACUCUAUUGGAAAAAGAAACUAUGGAGAAGAAAUUAUUUAAAGACCCAGAACAUAUAUGUCUGAAGGAACUAGCAAGAGAGAAACGGUCCCCAUAUAUCAUGCCCCCUCAGAGGUUGGGUCUAGCAGCCGCGAUCGGAGCCGUCAGAGGGCCCGGCUAUCUCGAGGGCGGAGAGACAGUCAACCCUAGCUUCAGGAUGCCCGAUCUCCCGAAGUACGAUGGCACCAAAGACCCCCAAGAGCAUCUGGCCGCUUUUGAUAUGGUAAUGAACUUAUACGGGCUGCCUAGUCCCAUUAUAGCCAAACUGUUUGCUACUACUUUAACAGGGAAGGCUCAGGAAUGGUUUACGAGUUUACACCCUGGGAGUAUAGAAUCACACGAACAACUUGAUCGGAAAUUUGUGUUCCACUUCGCUAGUAAGAGGAAGCAAAGACAAUCCGUGACGCAUCUCUUUACUAUACGGCAGAAAGAGAACGAAACAUUAAAAAAUUUUAUGGUGCGCCUCAACAACGAGACGCUAGAGGUACAAGACCUUCGUAUUGACAUGAUGAUCAACAUUCUUAUUCAUGGGUUGAAGAAAGGGGUCUUCGCAUCUGCUUUAGCUCGAGAUCCUCCCGCAGACAUAGAGCAGCUCAUGGCGAUGGCACAAAAAUAUAUAGAUGAAGAAGAAAUGAACGCCAUGAAGGAUGUAGAGUGGAGAUACAAUGCGGACCGCGGUCGAGAUCGGGAACGAAGAGGAAGAGAGAAGGAACCACGAGUGAGAGUUGAAAGAGCUCGAGAACCCCCAUACCAACCUAAGUACAGUCAAUACACACCGCUGAACAUGACCAGAGCAAAAGCGCUAAUGAUGGUGGAGAAGGAUGAUGUACUUCAGUGGCCCAAGCACACAAGGCUCACGCCAGCGAAGAAACAUUCGAAUAAAUAUUGUCAUUUCCAAUGGGAGAAAGGGCACGACACAGAAGAAUGCUAUCAACUCCGAGAUGAGAUCGAGCGUCUGGUACGACAAGGCUACUUUAAGGGUAAAUUACAACAUUAUGACAGGGAAGAUGUUCGUCGUAGCGGAUCGAGAAGCCCAGGUAGAGAAAGGAGCUGGGGGGAAUGCGGAAACGAUCAAGGUAGGGGAGACAAUGCGCCUGUGAAAGGCAUUAUACAUACAAUAGCAGGAGGGUUAGACGGAUGCUCUAACAGAAUGAGGAAAAGAUUUGAAAGAGAAUAUAGAUCGAACAAACGAACUCAGUUAAUGAGUAUAAAUACUGAGCAAGAGAUCGUGUUCGGGGACCGCGACGUGGGCGAAAGGGCAGGUGCAAAUAACGAUCCGAUGGUGAUCAAGAUGGAUAUAGCGAACUUCACGGUCCAUAAGGUAUUAGUUGAUAAUGGAAGUUCUACAGAUAUCAUCUUCAGAGAGGUAAUAAGGAAAAUGGAUUUGUACAGUGUGAAAUUAGAACCCGUGAGAAUGCCUCUGGUCGGUUUAGGAGGAGCGGAAGUAGAAUCCCUCGAUACGAUUGACCUUCCGGUGUCUAUCGGUGAAGAACCGAAGAGGAAGACGUUAAUGGUAAAGUUUCUCGUUGUUGAUACACCAUUUACUUAUAAUGUUAUUCUCGGGAGACCGUGUCUCAAUUCUUUUAGGGCAGUUGUCUCAACUUACCACUUAAAGAUGAAGUUUCCUACGCAAUAUGGGAUAGGAGAAGUAUUAUGUGACCAAGUAGAAGCAAAGAGGUGCUACAAUUUGUCCCUGAAAAAGGGCGAGGUUACCGAAAAGAGAAGGCAUGAAGACUCAAGCAAGGUGGAGCGACCAAAGCCGAUGGAACGGAUAGAACCAGCGGACCAUAAAGAAAUCGAGCUUAUGCAGUAA